AUGUAUACGUAUGAUGAAGUAACGGGUAGUUUGAUGGCUUUAACAGCGUAUAUUUUCACGUAUAACUGGUUUCUACUAUACGGUAAUGCAUUAACACGUGAACGACGAGCAUUUCUUAACGUUGCAAAUGUUUUGGAUACGUAUCAAGUUUACAAUCGAAAAUACGGACAGUUUUAUGAAUCAGAUCCGGAUACACCGGGUGAUGCAGCGGAAACAUUCAAAAAGGCAGUAACAAUGUCGCUUGGUGAUAUUUUUAAGGAAACUACCGCUAGUACCAAUGAUGAUCGAAGCAAAUUCGAAGAGGCAGUACAAAAGCAUUAUGCUGAUGUAUAUCAAGCAGUACAACGAGCAGAACGUGAUAUGAGAACAAAAGCACCAAUUGCGGAUGAAAUUGAUACUCGUUAA